AUGGAUAAAGCAUCGUCUUCUUCGCCUCGCGAGAAGCCCAAAAAGGGCUACGCGGAUGUCCUAAAGACCGAAUUUCCAUCUCUCUCCAACAACGCCCAGAUGAACACCACCGGUCAGUCAAACAUGUGGUCAUCAACAGCGUCGCGGAACCUGGGUGCUGGCCCAGUGCCACGCAACCAGCAGUCGACGCCACUGUCGGCUCAGAGCGGCCAGGAUGAGCUCUUCACGCCAACUUCGGCUCGCCAAGGCGCCUUUCGCUUCGGUGGUCAGAGCAGCGCAGGUCCGGCGCCUCAAGCCCAGUCUAAUCCUGUGGACGAUUUCCCGCCCUUGAACAGAAACUCGAACGGCGAAAUCGGUGGUGAGCGCAGUGCUAACCUAAUGCCCUCUUUGGGUUUCGGUGGCAGCCAGGCGACUGGCUCAACCGCCGCGAUACCUCCUGCCCGAAGCGCAGGUGCCGGCAACGGUCUUCUCAAUGCGCUCUCCGCGAAUAGCAGAACUUCAGAUGGUCGCUCACCUUCCAUCGCUAGCGUGCAAGAUCAUGCAAGAAUACAAGAGGCAUCUGUCGAAAGAGGCAACUCUUUCUCUGAAGAGAAUGGUGGCGACAGCGCUUCUCAGUCCGCAGAGACCAGAAACCCCCCCGGCGCCAUUGGCAACGACGCAGUCACAGGCAAUGGCAAGGCCAAAGAGGAGAAGGAAGGCCAAUCGCCCGACGUGCAGGACCCUCUGGCGGGAAUGGCGCCCAUUGACAAAUUCGGCAUGAAGGGUUUACGUGUUCUCAUGAACAACUACCCCAGCUAUGGCGCGCUGAUGCAGGGAAUGGAUCCCAACGAGUUCGGACUCAACGUCAACUCACCAGAUCUCAUCUCUACGCAGAUUUACUCUCUCUUCGACGACACGCCUCCGCGUCCCGCGAUUCCCAGCGUCCGGCUUCCUGAGUGUUACAAGGUGACCAAUGUGCAACCGAUUGAGACCAAGAUCCCGUCAUUCAACGAGGAGACCCUGUUCUGGAUCUUCUACAGCUGUACACAGGACGUCAAGCAACAAUUGGCUGCGGUCGAGUUGCACAGCCGAAACUGGCGUUGGCACAAGAAGCUGCAUUUCUGGUUGACUAAGGACGAGCUCAUGAUGCCCGCUAGCCUUGGUCCCCACCAUGAACGCGGCUACUACAUCGUCUGGGACACCACCAACUGGCGCAAGGAGCGGAGAGAACUCACCCUCCACUACGGUGACCUGGAGACGAAUCUGGCACAACCGGUUGCAUAG